UUCAGGAACUAAGAAACCUUGCCAAGUCACCUUUGCCCUUUGGGCAUCUCCUUUUCUGUUCUUUUCUCUCUUAACUCUCUCUCCUACCGCUAAAGAGAGCUCACUGCUGACGCCAACGGUGCCAAUGGAUUCCGAUCCUCCUUCCAUCGUCCGUCUCAAUAUCGGAGGGAAGAAAUUUUGCACAACAGUUGAUACAUUGACGCAACGAGAUCCUGAUUCGAUGCUCGCGGCUAUGUUUAGUGGUCGCCACACUGUUUGCCAAGACCCUGAUAAGGGUUACAUCUUUGUGGAUAGAGAUGGUGAACAUUUUCGGCAUAUCUUGAAUUGGCUACGGGAUGGUGUGAUUCCUACUUUGAAAGAUUCUGAUUAUGCUGAGCUACUACGAGAGGCUGAAUACUACCAACUACUUGGAUUGAUAGAGGGAAUAAAUACAGCUCUAAAUAAGAGGAAAGAUGAAGAUGAGUUUAAUUCUGAACUAACUCGUCGUGAUAUUAUCAAGUGCAUACAAUCAGAGAGAGUAAAAUUUCGAGGGAUGAAUCUUUCUGGGCUUGAUCUCUCCAAACUGGACCUCUCAUAUGUGGACUUUAGCCAUGCUUCUCUUAAAGGUGUAUUCUUCUCCCGUGCAAACCUUCAAUGUGCUAAGUUUCGGGAUGUGGAUGCUGAAGGCUCUAUCUUUCACAAUGCAACUUUGCGUGAAUGUGAAUUUACUGGGGCGAAUCUUCGCGGAGCUUUACUGGCAGGUGCUAACCUGCAAAGUGCAAACCUACAAGAUGCUUGUUUAAUUGACUGCAGUUUUUGCGGAGCCGAUUUGCGUUCUGCUCACUUGCAGAGUGCAGAUCUUACUGAUGCCAACUUAGAGGGAGCGAAUUUGGAAGGGGCCAACUUAAAGGGGGCAAAAUUGACCAAUGCUAAUCUAAAGGGAGCAAACCUUCAACGAGCUUAUCUACGACAUGUCAAUCUUCGAGAAACAGAUUUGGAAGGUGCAAAGCUUGAUGGUGCAAACUUGCUUGGAGCAAUCCGAUGACAAGCAUUCUGCACAUAGUUAAUCAAUAUAUUUCUCUUUCCAUGCUUGGAGCCUAUUUAUCUUUGUCAAACUUGGAUGGUUCCAAGUUAAGUUCCAGAUGUACUGAAACGUCCAAUAUCUGUGAAUUGUGAUUACGACCAUCAUGCUCAAUAUCCAAUUGUGCAUAUGGUUGCUACUGGACCUUGGAACUGUGGAAACGAUUACAUGUAUGAUGUAUAGCAGAAAAAAAAAAUUAGGUAGCUCAAAAUGCACUUACGGUCCAAGUGGGCAUGGUAAAAAAAUUUGCCAUAUUUUGGUACCUUAAAAAAUUCAUUGUCAUUUGGGAAUUUAUACAAGUUCCAACAUAGGGGCAUUUUAUAA